AUGAAUUCAUUCAGAAGAAAUACGAUAUGUCUGGAGCGUCCAAAUACAUUGCCAACACAAAAACAUGGCUUGAGUAAAUUUUUAAUGGGCAAGAAUGUCAGUAAAAAAAUAAUAAACAGCAAUAACGAGUCGAAUGCCACAUCAAACAACGACAUCAAAGAUGAUAAAAAGGUGAUUAAAUCGAUUCUGAAAAGACCUCCUCCUCCUUCUAUUGAAGCGACAAAGUCGAAUUUAAACAGAAGCACGUCGAUAUCAUUUCCAGAUGUACGAGAUGAAGAUAACCAACAAAAAGAUAUAGUUAAAUUAGUUGAUUUGGUAGAAUCAUUCCAACAAAAUGACUUACCAUCAGCGAAACCACCUUACAGUUUUUUGGUGACUGUGGUUCCCAUGGAUCAGGAGUUUACAAUGGACAGCUGGAGAAGAAUGCGGCACAACAGUGUCUUUGAAAGUUUUCAGGGAAUUUCAGUAAGUUCAAUUCAUUUCCAGAUCAUUUUAUUAGACACAACAGUGUCUUUGAAAGUUUUCAGGGAAUUUCAGUAA